AUGGAAUUGCUGGGAAAAUAUGAAAAAAUCGUCAUUUUUCUCCAUGGAAGAGAAUUUUAUUGAGACUCCAUGAUGACUGCUGUUGCUCACUUGCAGGAAACUUGAUGGAAGAUCCAGUUCUGGCUCCAGAUGGCCAGAUUUAUGAGCUGACUACAAUUAUUGCUUAAUUUAAAAACCAAAAAUCUAUACCUUUAUCAGGUUUGACUUUGAAAAGCACAUCUACUACUCUCUUGCAGCUAG